CGUUGAUGGUCUGUGAACUACACUAUCGAGUGUCGGUGUUGUUUGUAGGUUUGUUUGUUUGAAAUCGGUAGAAAGAAAACCUGCAUAAAUUGUUCAUUUUUCUCUAUACUUAGGAUAUAUGGAACUGCAUAUAAGCAAACCCACAUAUCUUAAACAAAAUUGAAAUGAAGAUACUUUAUGUAACAAAUUUUUAGCUACACAAGACAAGGAGUAAAAGCAAAGAUGUAUGAAGAAAGAAUAUCUAAGAGUAGUGCAUUAUACAUUACGUUUUCUUGUAGGUGUUUACAUCCAGAUUACUGCAAAUAGUUAUCUGGGUUUCAAGUUUCUGAUUAGAAUUUCAUAAAUAAGAAGUGAACAACUUUCUGAAAUGUCAUUGAUAGAAAUUUUGUUCAGUUAGGUAACUAGUAAUGUACCUACCUAUGCUUAAGAUCAGAUACGUAGUUGUUGGAGUGUAAUAAUGGUUUUAUUUACAAAGACAUUGUCAUUGACAUGAACAUUGAUAAGUAAAAGCCCUUGUUACCCUCCUGUGUAAGUAAAUCUCUUGUUAUACAAGUGGGGAAGAUAAUUUAUGAUGAGCUGCCCUAUUGUUCAAGUUACUAGUAGGUACAACUUCAGGUUAUUAUACAGCAAGACAAACAAGGUUCUGAAUUACCCGAGGUGUUACCUAUAUAACUCUCGCCAGGAAAGAUUGCCGGUCACAGCGCACCUUGUGUCGAUUUACAAUCUUUGUUUUUAUUAAGAUGCGAGCGACUUCUGGAAUAGGAUCGUGCUAAUGUUGAACAAAAAGUCUUUUCGUUCAACAUUGACACGAUACUAUCCCGGAAGUUGCUAGCCCCUUACGAAAGACAGAGAUUGUAGAUCGGGAUCAAGUUUUCUGUGACCGGCAAUCUUUCCUGGCCAGAGUUAUAUUAAAAUUUCAGGUAAAGGUUCCGUAUACCUGUUUGAAGUAUUGCAAGAGAGAAACUGUUAUACAGUGCUUACAUAGUGGUUGAUGGACAAUGAAUUAUAAGAUGAAUAAUGUAUUUAUUAAAUUACACAUGUUACAUUGACCACAAGAAGGUUCUGUCCCAUCUCUGAUGAAAUAAAGCAAUGUAAUGUUCCUUUAGCAAGGGAUGUGGAUUAUACCUGCAACGCAGAGUACGCCCUUCUCCAAAUGUUCAUAGGAGGUAUGUCCACUUUAGUAGCCGAAAUUAAUGACUUGGUAAACAACAAAGAUGCCGAUAACAUCCCAUGCUCUUCUCUAUUACCUGAGAAAUCAAAAAUGCGUUAUAAUCAAUUGUAUGACGCUUUUGCAAAAUGGUGUUCAGCAAAGGAUAUUAAGAAAACGACUGAAAAUGUAAUGAUGGCUUACUUUAUGGAACGUUCUGAGGUUUUAAAGUCACCAGCGAGUUUAUGGAGCGAGUACUCCAUGCUGAAACUAACAAUUUCAAUUCAACAGAAUGAAGAUAUUUCAAAAUUUAAACGCCUUAAGGCUUUCCUUAAAAGGAAAAAUGAUGGAUACCAACCGAGAACUUCUAAAAUAUUUAAAAGAGAAGAAAUUGAAAAAUUCAUUGCCGAAGCUCCAGAUGAAAUUUAUUUAUUGAUGAAAAUUGUAGCGAUAAUGGGAGUGGUUGGCGCUUGUCAUACAGGGGAACUACAUAAAAUAAAGUUUAAAGAUAUAGAUCUGAAAGAUGAUGUAGCAAUUGUCAGAAUUUUGGAAACUCGGAAUACUAUACGAAGAAGCUUUAUAAUUACAAACAAUUCUGAGGGGUCUUCUGAUUGGUUGAAGCUGUUACAAACUUAUAUGAAGCUUAGACCUUACAAUGCGGUCGAUGAGCGAUUAUUCUUCAGAUAUGAACGUGGUAGAUGUGUAAAUCAAGUAGUCGGAAGAAAUACAAUUUCCAAAGUGCCCCGAGAAAUAGCGAAGUAUUUAAAACUAGACAAUGUAUAUGAAUAUACAGGACGUGCGUUUAGAAAGUCAUCUGCUACUUUUCUGUCUAAUGUUUAUGACACUUUUGCGAGAUCCCGGUGCAGAUCUUCUAAUACAAUUGUUAAAAGCGUUACCUCCCAAUCCACAAGAUCAGAUAUCUCUGCUAUUGGUAAAGAUUUGGAGAUGAAUGCCUUUGAAAAUAUUACACAAGAAUUCCAAAACUCCAAUGAUACGCAAAAAAGUAUCACCUUUUCAUGUGAGGACUCUAGACAUUCCCUUUCACAAGAGUCGGACAUUUCGCAAGGACGUUGUGAUAGUGAUUAUAAAUACGUUAUGGAUGAUAGUGAAAUUCAUUUAACCAAUGAAAUAACACACUCUCCAAUUCCAGUUAAACUCGAGCAUAGAAGUGACGAAGAAUCUACCAAUGAAUCGACUCCUUCAAUUCUCACCGACGUCAUAAUUCCAAAUAAAAAAGUGAACGAAGCACGGCCUUCCGUUUUCAAAAAUGAUUCCGAUUUAUUUUUCAAAAUGGUGGCGGCGAAGGUUAGGCGAUUUUCACCUUAUCAUAAAAAUUUGAUUGAAACCAAAAUAUUUUCGUUGGUCCAAGAAAUGGAAUUAGAACAGAUUCAGCAACAACAGUAGUCUACAUAAAUAAAGCGUUGAAGGGAUCAAGUUACAAUUUCCUUUCAAAAAUAUCUCGCAAGGAACAGACAAUUUGAAGAGUUGUAUUUGUAAAAAAUUCUGUAUAUUUAUUUGUACAUAUUUUCUCCAACAUUUGCUUCGUAUUUAACAUAAGACAUAUUUCCCUAUUGUAGUUCUUUUUUGCUAAGAUGCCUCACAGUAAAGGAGCAGGAGUCUUUGCUACCAUCAGCGGCGAUGCGAGGACCGUUGGCAGCUACUUGGACAUGUUAAGGAAUAAGGAUAUUUUAUCCUUUGAUGAUUUUUGAAAAAGCACUUUGUGGCGACCGAAGGUACAGGGUGAAAACAUUGGAGUUUUUAUCUUUGCAAUUUUUCCAAAUAUCACAGGAUCGGUGGAGGGGGACCUCACUUAUGGGUUAUGGCCUGUUCGAUCCUUGGACUUGUUUAGAAGUACUAGUAGGAAUCAUUUUAGAAAUAUCAUAAAGAUAUACCAUUAGGAGUAGGUACCUACUCUUGAAAUUUAUUCAAGAGAAAAUAGAAGCAUAAAGGGUGUCGUUCAGAAGCGCCGCGCCGGAUAAAGUGGAAAGUGUAAACACAUCUUCUUAAUCAAAGGACACAAUUGGAGAUUAGGAACAUAUGCGGCGCUUCGCUGUAGUGUAAAGUUGAAGUUAAAUACCUUAGAUUAGGAAAGAGUAUGGGUACGGUCGAAAAUUUACUCUACA